CUACAAAAGUGGUGAACAGGGACUAGGAGAGACAUUUGGGAGGGUGACUAUAGAAGCAAUGGCAUUUGGUCUUCCGGUGCUUGGAACAGAUGCUGGUGGAACACUAGAAAUUGUUGAGCACAAUGUUACAGGCCUUGUUCAUCCUACUGGACGUCCAGGGAAUGCUGUCCUGGCGCAAAAUCUACGGUUUUUACUUGAAAACCGGUCAGCGAGGGAACAAAUGGGAUUGGAGGGAAGAAAGAAGGUGCAAAGGAUGUACCUGAAGCAGCAUAUGUACAAGAGGUUUGUAGAGGUUAUCGUUAGGUGCAUGAGAAGCAAAUAAGUGCUUAGUGCUUGCAAUUUUCACAUUCUUUUAUUGGAUUCAUAUAUGAUAUGAUCUCUUGAGUUGCUAAAGAAAAAAUCUUAUUCUCUUAAGGUGUUCAAAAGAUAUCGGCUUCUCUGAUUGUAUUACUCUGGAAUAACAAGUUUUAUGCCUUUUUCGAGGGGCAAAAUAUCUUGAAGCUGGACUUCAGUAGUGUUGCGGAAAAGAGGGAAAUUAAUCAAUACGUAAUCGCUUUGUUAA